GGCGCUGGAGCCCGGAGCAUGGAGCCGCACGUGCUGGGCGCCGUGCUGUACUGGCUGCUGCUGCCCUGCGCGCUCCUGGCCGCCUGCCUGCCCCGCAUCAACGCGCUCUCGCUGGUCUACCUGCUCUUCCUGCUGCUGCUGCCCUGGCUCCCCGGGCCCUCCCGCCACAGCAUCCCAGGUCACACUGGCCGCCUCCUGCGGGCCCUGCUGUGCCUCAGCCUGCUGUUCCUGCUGGCCCACCUCGCCCUCCAGAUAUGCCUGCACACCGUACCCGGCCUGGACGAGCUGCUGCCGCACGGCUGCAGCCCCUGGGAGACCCUGUCUCAGCACGUGGGGGUCACGAGACUGGACCUGAAGGACAUCCCGAACACCGUCCGGCUGGUAGCCCCUGACCUGGGCAUCCUGGUGGUCGCCUCCGUGUGCCUGGGCCUCUGUAGCCGCCUCACCCGCAAAGCCCGGCAGAGCCAGCGCAGCCGGGAGCCGCACGAGAAUGAGGCGGAUGACGAUGCCGGGCCUCUGGCAGGGCCGCAGGGGGCCCCCGUGCUGACCCCCAAGCACCGGUCACGGCUGGCUGCCCGGUUCCGGGUCACAGCCCACUGGCUGCUGGUGGCUGCCGCACGGACUCUGGCCAUAGUGCUGCUGGCGCUGGCAGGCAUCGCCCACCCGUCAGCCUUCUCCAGUGUCUACCUGCUGCUCUUCCUGUCCGUCUGCACCUGGUGGGCUUGCCACCUUCCCAUCAGCCCCCUGGGCUUCAGCACGCUCUGCGUCAUGGUGGGCUGCUUCGGCGCCGGCCACCUCAUCUGCCUCUACUGCUACCAGACACCGUUUGUGCAGGGCAUGGUCCCGCCAGCCAGCAUCUGGGCCAGGGUGUUUGGCCUCAAGGCCUUUGUGGUGCCCGCCAACUGCUCCAGCCCCAACGCGUUCGUCCUUGACACCAGCCACGACUGGCCGGUGUACGUGAGCCCGGGCAUCCUGCUGCUGCUCUACUACACGGCCACCUCGCUCCUGAAGCUGCGCACCCUCCACCCCCCAGGCCAGAAGAAGGAGGGGGCCCAGGAUGGGGAGGACCGCGAGCUGGAGCUGGACCAGCUGGACCAUGGGCCGCAGGGCCAGCCUAGGGAUGCCACCCAGUGCGUGGUGCCCACACCCACUGGGCUGGACGCUGAAGGUGACAGUUGUAUCAUGCAUGACCUGACCGGACAGAGCCCCGUCCGGCAGCGCCCGGUGUACCUCAGACGGGCCGAGGCGAGAGAGAGGUCCCCACUGCACGGCCUGGGCCACCUCAUCCUGGACCAGAGCUACGUGUGCGCCCUGGUGGCGGCGAUGGUCUGGAGCAUCACCUACCACAGCUGGCUGACCUUCGUGCUGCUGCUGUGGGCCUGCCUCGUCUGGACGGUGCGCAGCCGCCACCAGCUGGCCAUGCUCUGUGCGCCCUGCGUGCUGCUCUACGGGCUGGCGCUGUGCUGCCUGCGCUACGUGUGGGCCAUGGACCUGCGCCCCGAGCUGCCCACCACGCUGGGCCCCGUGAGUCUGCGCCAGCUGGGGCUGGAGCACACCCGCUACCCCUGCCUGGACCUCGGCGCCAUGCUGCUCUACACGCUCACCUUCUGGCUGCUGCUGCGCCAGUUCGUGCGGGAGAAGCUGCUGAAGCGGACGCGGGCCCCAGCUGCGCUGACGGAAGUCACUGUGGCGGACGCAGAGCCCCCCCGGACGCAGACGCUGCUGCGGAGCCUGGGGGAGCAGGUUACCGGCCUGUACGCCAAGUACUGGAUCUACGUGUGCGCCGGCAUGUUCAUCGUGGUCAGCUUCGCCGGCCGCCUGGUCGUCUACAAGAUCGUCUACAUGUUCCUCUUCCUGCUCUGCCUCACCCUCUUCCAGGUCUACUACAGCCUGUGGCGGAAGCUGCUCAAGGUGUUCUGGUGGCUGGUGGUGGCCUACACCAUGCUGGUGCUCAUCGCCGUCUACACCUUCCAGUUCCAGGACUUCCCCGCCUACUGGCGCAACCUCACGGGCUUCACGGACGAGCAGCUGGGCGACCUGGGCCUGGAGCAGUUCAGCGUGUCCGAGCUCUUCUCCAGCAUCCUCAUCCCUGGCUUCUUCCUGCUGGCCUGCAUCCUGCAGCUGCACUACUUCCACCGGCCCUUCAUGCAGCUCACCGACCUGGAGCACGUGCCCCCGCCCGGGGCCCGCCGCCCGCGCCCGCCGCACAGGCAGGACACGGCGAGCGAGGCGCCCCUACUGCAGCAGCGGGAGGAGGAGGCCCCCGGGGACCAGGCGCUGGGCACGGCUGACCCCUUCCAGGCCACGCAGGUCCCUGAAGGCGCGGCCAGCAAGUGGGGCCUGGUGGCCGAGCGGCUGCUGGACCUGGCGGCCGGCUUCUCGGAGGCGCUCACCUCCGUGCAGGUGCUCGUGCGCCGCCUGCUGGAGCUGCACGUCGGCAAGCUGGUGGCGCUGUACACCGUCUGGGUGGCCCUGAAGGAGGUGUCGGUGAUGAACCUGCUGCUGGUGGUGCUCUGGGCCUUCGCCCUGCCCUACGCCCGCUUCCGGCCCAUGGCCUCGAGCCUGUCCACCGUGUGGACCUGCACCGUGAUCGUGUGCAAGAUGCUGUACCAGCUGAAGGCCGUCACCCCCCACGAGUACUCCAGCAACUGCACCCAGCCCUUCCCCAACAGCACCAACCUGCAGGCGGCUGAGGUCAACCAGUCCCUUCUGUACCGGGGCCCCGUCGACCCUGCCAACUGGUUUGGCGUGCGGAAGGGUUUCCCCAACCUGGGCUACAUCCAGAACCACCUGCAGAUCCUGCUGCUGCUGGUGUUCGAGGCCGUGGUGUACCGGCGCCAAGAGCACUACCGCCGGCAGCACCAGCUGGCCCCGCUGCCCGCCCAGGCCGUGUGCGCCGCCGGCACCCGGCACAGCCUCGACCAGGACCUGCUCAGCUGCCUCAAGUACUUCGUCAACUUCUUCUUCUACAAGUUCGGGCUCGAGAUCUGCUUCCUGAUGGCGGUGAACGUCAUCGGGCAGCGCAUGAACUUCAUGGUCGUCCUGCACGGCUGCUGGCUCGUGGCCAUCCUCACCCGCCGGCGCCGCAGCGCCAUCGCCCGCCUGUGGCCCAACUACUGCCUCUUCCUCACGCUCUUCCUGCUGUACCAGUACCUGCUGUGCCUGGGCAUCCCCCCAGCCCUGUGCAUCGACUACCCGUGGCGCUGGAGCCGGGCUAUCCCCAUGAACUCGGCGCUCAUCAAGUGGCUAUACCUGCCCGACUUCUUCAGGGCCCCCAACUCCACCAAUCUGAUCAGCGACUUCCUCCUGCUGCUCUGCGCCUCACAGCAGUGGCAGGUGUUCUCGGCCGAGCGCACUGAGGAGUGGCAGCGCGUGGCCGGCGUCAACACCGACCGUCUGGAGCCACUGCGGGGCGAGCCCAACCCCGUGCCCAACUUCAUCCACUGCAGGUCCUACCUGGACAUGCUGAAGGUGGCCGUCUUCCGCUACCUGUUCUGGCUGGUGCUGGUGGUGGUGUUCGCGGCGGGGGCCACGCGCAUCAGCGUCUUCGGCCUGGGCUACCUGCUGGCCUGCUUCUACCUGCUGCUGUUCGGCACGGCCCUGCUGCGGAAGGCCAGCCGGGCGCGCCUGCUCAUCUGGGACUGCCUCAUCCUCUACAACGUCACCGUCAUCAUCUCCAAGAACCUGCUCUCGCUCCUGUCCUGUGUCUUCGUGGAGCAAAUGCAGAGCAGCUUCUGCUGGGUCAUCCAGCUCUUCAGCCUCGUGUGCACCGUCAAAGGCUACUACGACCCCCGGGAGAUGAUGGCCAAGGACCAGGACUGCCUGCUGCCCGUGGAGGAGGCGGGCGUCAUCUGGGACAGCGUCUGCUUCUUCUUCCUGCUGCUGCAGCGCCGUGUCUUCCUCAGCCACUACUUCCUGCACGUCAGCGCCGACCUCCAGGCCACCGCCCUGCAGGCGUCCAGGGGCUUCGCCCUGUACAAUGCAGCCACCCUCAAGAGCAUCGACUUCCACCGCAAGGCUGAGGAGAGGUCCCUGGCCCAGCUGAAGAGGCAGAUGGAGCGCAUCCGAGCCAAGCAGGAGAAACAUCGGCAGAGCCGGGCCAGCCGCGGCCGCCCCCACAGCCUCCAGGAGCCCGAGGGCCCUGGCCAGGACCAGGAGCCAGGGACCUCCUCCCCCCCACAGAGGCAGUGGUGGCGGCCCUGGCUGGACCACGCCACAGUCAUCCACUCUGGGGACUACUUCCUGUUCGAGUCCGACAGCGAAGAGGAGGAGGAGGCCCUGCCCGAGGAUCCCAGGCCGUCGCCCCAGAGCGCCUUCCAGAUGGCGUAUCAGGCCUGGGUGACCAACGCCCAGACAGUGCUGAGGCAGCGGCGCCAGGAGCAGGCAGAGCAGCUGUCCCUGGGUGGCGGCCUGAGCCAGGAGCUGGAACCAGCGGAGGGCCCUGAGGCCGAAGUGGCAGGCCGCAGCCACGUGAUGCAGCGGGUGCUCAGCAUGGUGCAGUUCCUGUGGGUGCUGGGGCAGGCGCUGGUGGACGGGCUGACUCGCUGGCUGUGCGCCUUCACGAGGCAACACCGCAACAUGAGCGACGUGCUGCGCGCCGAGCGCUACCUCCUCACGCAGGAGCUGCUGCGGAACGGAGAGGCGCGCCGCGGCGUGCUGGACCAGCUGUACGGGAGCGACGCCGACGCCCGCGACGUGCUGAGCACAGCGUCCAGCGGGCUGGGGCCCGAGGAGCCCCUGCUCAGCGUGACGGAGGAUGCGGGCAGCCCGCCGAGCACCGGCUACCACACCCGCAGCGGCAGCGAGGAGGGCGUGGCCGAGCCCGGGGCUUCCCUGCGCAGCUCCCGGGAGCUCCUGGCCAACGGCCGCACCCGGAUGCGCACGGCCAGCGAGCUGCUGCUGGACAGGCGCCUGCGCAUCGCCGAGCUGGAGGAGGCCGAGCGGUUCGCGGAGGGCCAGGGCCGCGCGCUGCGCCUGCUGCGGGCCCUGUACGAGUGCGUGGCCGCCCACUCGGAGCUGCUAUGCUACUUCGUCAUCAUCCUCAACCACAUGGUCACCGCGUCGGCCGCCUCGCUGGUGCUGCCCGUGCUAGUCUUCCUGUGGGCCAUGCUGUCCAUCCCGCGGCCCAGCAAGCGCUUCUGGAUGACGGCCAUCGUCUUCACCGAGGCCACCGUGGUCACCAAGUACCUGUUCCAGUUCGGCUUCUUCCCCUGGAACAGCCACUCGGUGCUGCGGCGCUACGAGAACAAGCCCUACUUCCCGCCGCGCAUCCUGGGCCUGGAGAAGAGCGACAGCUACAUCAAGUUCGACCUGCUGCAGCUCAUGGCCCUCUUCUUCCACCGGUCCCAGCUGCUGUGCUACGGCCUCUGGGACCACGAGGAGGACCCGCCGUCCAAGGCGCCGGGGGCGGAGGCCGAGCCGGGGGCAGCUGCUGCCGAGCUCCCCCAGGGGGGUGAGGCCCCCAAGGCUCAGCCCGAGCUCCCCCAGGGGGGUGAGGCCCCCAAGGCUCAGCCCGCUAGCCUGCGGCUCCGCAGGAGGAAGACCAGCCCGGCAGCUCCCGCAACGCAGGACAGGGAGGAGGAGGAGGAGGAGGAGGAGGAGGAGGAAGGGGCCACCGGGAAAGGGAAGCCGGGCCGCUCCAGAGAGAGAGUGAGGGCCGUGGGUCGCCGCCUACAGCGCUGCGUGCUGUCCCUGGCCCAGAGCGUGUACCGGCCACUGCGGCGCUUCUUCCACGACAUCCUGCACACGCGGUACCGCGCGGCCACUGACGUCUACGCCCUCAUGUUCCUGGCCGACGUCGUCGCCUUCAUCAUCAUCAUCUUCGGCUUCUGGGCCUUUGGGAAACACUCGGCAGCCACCGACAUCGCAUCCUCGCUGUCGGAUGACCAGGUGCCCGAGGCCUUCCUGGUGAUGCUGCUGAUCCAGUUCGGCACCAUGGUGGUGGACCGCGCGCUCUACCUGCGCAAGACCGUGCUGGGCAAGCUGGCCUUCCAGGUGGCGCUCGUACUGGCUGUGCACCUCUGGAUGUUCUUCAUCCUGCCCGCCGUCACCGAGAGGAUGUUCAGCCAGAACGCGGUGGCCCAGCUGUGGUACUUCGUCAAGUGCAUCUACUUCGCCCUGUCCGCCUACCAGAUCCGCUGCGGCUACCCGACCCGCAUCCUUGGCAACUUCCUCACCAAGAAGUACAACCACCUCAACCUCUUCCUCUUCCAGGGGUUCCGGCUGGUGCCCUUCCUGGUGGAGCUGCGGGCGGUCAUGGACUGGGUGUGGACGGACACCACGCUGUCGCUGUCCAGCUGGAUGUGCGUGGAGGACAUCUACGCCAACAUCUUCAUCAUCAAGUGCAGCCGGGAGACGGAGAAGAAAUACCCGCAGCCCAAGGGGCAGAAGAAGAAGAAGGUGGUCAAGUACGGCAUGGGCGGCCUCAUCAUCCUCUUCCUCAUCGCCAUCAUCUGGUUCCCGCUGCUCUUCAUGUCGCUCGUGCGCUCCGUGGUCGGCGUCGUCAACCAGCCCAUUGACGUCACCGUCACCCUCAAGCUGGGCGGCUACGAGCCCCUGUUCACCAUGAGCGCCCAGCAGCCGUCCAUCGUGCCCUUCACACCCCAGGCCUACGAGGAGCUGUCCCGGCAGUUCGACCCCCACCCGCUGGCCAUGCAGUUCAUCAGCCAGUACAGCCCGGAGGACAUCGUCACGGCACAGAUCGAGGGCAGCUCCGGGGCGCUGUGGCGCAUCAGCCCCCCGAGCAGGGCCCAGAUGAAGCGGGAGCUGGACAACGGCACGGCCGACAUCACCCUGCGCUUCACCUGGAACUUCCAGAGGGACCUGGCCAAGGGCGGCACUGUGGAGUACACCAACGAGAAGCACACGCUGGACCUGGCCCCGAACAGCACCGCCCGGCGGCAGCUGGCCAGCCUGCUGGAGGGCACCUCGGAGCAGGCUGUGGUCAUCCCCCACCUCUUCCCCAAGUACAUCCGUGCCCCCAACGGGCCCGAGGCCAACCCCGUGAAGCAGCUGCAGCCUGGUGAGGAGGACGACUACCUGGGCGUGCGCAUCCAGCUGCGGAGGGAGCGGGUGGGCACGGGCACCGCCGGCUUCCUGGAGUGGUGGGUCAUCGAGCUGCAGGACUGCCAGGCCCACUGCAACCUGCUGCCCAUGGUCAUCUUCAGCGACAAGGUCAGCCCUCCCAGCCUGGGCUUCCUGGCCGGCUACGGGAUCAUGGGGCUGUACGUGUCCAUCGUGCUGGUCAUCGGCAAGUUCGUGCGGGGCUUCUUCAGCGAGAUCUCGCACUCCAUCAUGUUCGAGGAGCUGCCGUGCGUGGACCGCAUCCUCAAGCUGUGCCAGGACAUCUUCCUGGUGCGGGAGACGGGCGAGCUGGAGCUGGAGGAGGAGCUGUACGCCAAGCUCAUCUUCCUGUACCGCUCGCCCGAGACCAUGAUCAAGUGGACGCGCGAGAAGGAGUAGGGCCGGCGCCCAGGCCCGCCCAGGCCCGCCCCGGCCCGCCCCGGCCACCUGAGCCCUGGUGCUGCUGUCCCGAGGACGCCGCUGUCCCGGCUCCCUCACGUACUGUAGAGUUUUCUAAUUAAAAGUGAUUUUAUUUAUA